CUUAGAACUAUAACGAGAUAUUUACAGAGCUUUAUCCAAAUUCGAAUUUCCUCCAUUGAAGAUGCUUUGUGAGCUUCAUCACCAUCAUUUCUCUUUCACUCCACAAUCCAUAAAACAACAUCAAACUACUCUACACACCAUUAUACACUUCUCUCCAAAAAAACAUCGUCUUUUUCCCAUUUUUUCCACCCACCACCCCAACCAGCAACCCCACCACCUUAAAAACCAAGAAUCUGAUACCAACACCACCACUACCUUAAAUAAUGAAAAGGGUGUCACUCGAAAACACAAUUCAAAAUCCUCAGCUGUACUCCUCCGUUACCUCUCAUCAAAUGAUAAUAAACCGGAAGCAUACCAAGAACCGGUUCCCGGUUCAGCUGAACCGGAGAAACAAGAAUGUGCUGUACUAGAAGAAGAUAAAGAGAAGGUUCUAGAAAUGUCAUUAAUAAGGAAAAGAACCCCUCAGUUUCCAGGUUCUAUUUAUGUUCAAUCAAAUAUCUACUCUUUGUUUGAUCCUAAAAAAGGAAGUCGCUUUAAUGAUGAUGAUGAUGAUGAUGAGAUGUUAAUUAAGGCACUUGAGAUAAGGAGGAAAGUGACAGUUGAGAUUUUUAAAGAAGCAAUGAGAAAAGGCAGAUUUGGGAUUACAUAUUCGACCAAUUUGGUUUCAUAUUUGGAUGAUUUUAUAGAUUAUGUGAUGAUUCAAGCUGCUUCUAUGAAACAAAUGCCUGAGUUCUUGGAUUCGUCGUUCAAUGUUCGUGCUAGAGCCUUCAUAGAUGAGUCUGGCAUCGUGCCAAUUGUGAGGUGGUUGAAACACAAUGCAUUGUCAUAUCCGCAAAUUGCGAACCUCAUUUGCAAGUCCAGAGGAGAUCUUGAAUCCAUAAGACGUUUGGCUGAGUGGUUGAAGUCGAUUCAUGUGAAGGGAAGAUUUAUUGGGCUUGUAAUGAUUAGAACUAAGGAGAAUGUAUUAGGUCGGAGCUUGGAAGAAUUGGAUGAGAUCGUCGAGUAUUUGGAGAACAAGGGAGUGAAGAGAGAUUGGAUAGGAUAUAUUGUAGGCCGAUGUCCUGAAAUUUUGUCCUUCACCACCGAAGAACUAGAGUGUCGUACACAGUUCUAUUUUGAUAUGGGAAUGGAUGAGAAGGAUUUUGGAACAAUGGUUUUUGAUUAUCCUAAGGUGCUUGGCUACUUCUCUAUGGAAGAGAUGAACCAAAAGGUUGCAUAUCUUAAGGAGUUUGGCCUCAGCAAUGAAGAUGUUGGAAGAUUAUUAGCUUUUAAACCGCAUUUGAUGGGUUGUGGUAUUGAAGAAAAGUUCAAGCCUCUUGUCAAGUACUUUUAUUACCUAGGGAUUUCAAAAGACGGUAUGAGAAGAAUUCUAGUUACCAGACCGGUGCUAUUCUGUGUUGAUUUCGAGAACACCAUUGUCACUAAGGUUCAAUUCUUACGAGACAUAGGUGUCCAACAAGAUGCUAUUGGCAAUGUGCUAGUCAGGUUUCCCAGGUUACUCACUUUCAGCCUCUACAAGAAGAUACGCCCAGUGGUCAUAUUCCUUUUGACAAAAGCUGGUGUCUCCCAGAAAAAUAUUGGAAAGGUGAUAGCUCUAGGACCAGAGCUUCUAGGAUGCAGCAUUGCCAAUAAAUUGGAUCACAAUGUGAAGUAUUUUCUUUCCCUGGGUAUAACUCUCAGACAAUUAGGUGAAAUGGUUGCUGAUUUUCCCAUGCUGCUAACAUACAAUAUAGACGUCCUUCGCCCCAAGUAUCGUUAUUUGCGAAGGAUGAUGGUUCGGCCUUUGCAGGAUCUUAUUGAAUUCCCAAGGUUUUUCAGCUAUUCACUCGACGAAAGAAUAGUUCCUAGACACAAGAUUAUGGUGGAGAGUCGUAUAAACUUCAAGCUUCGGUAUAUGUUGGCAAGCACAGAUGAUGAAUUUAAACAGAGGGUUCAGGCUGCUGUUGAAAGACGCUUAAGAUUUGAAUCCGGCGUCAUAUAUGAUAAGGAGGCAGAUACUCAAAUUGAUUGCUCCAUCGAAAAGUCGCCUUUUGAUUUUCAAACAGCUGAGAUACUAGAAGAAAACACAGAUCUCUCAUCUGAUUACAAAGAUUUACCUACUGCACAUAUUCUGAAUUCUGCAUAACAUCAGAAAAUAGUAUAUAGAAAAGUGACAUAAAAUUGUGAAUCUUACUCUUUUUUUUCUUUUUUUUCCUAUUUGGUAGUUUAAUAGGAUAAUAUUCCUCAGCACCUGCCCUUGAAAGAUUUGGAGCUAAUAUCACUAGAUAAACAGAUUAACUACUUCUGACAAUUUAAGCCUAACAUUUAAGUUGGAAUAUUAGAAACUUACAAAGUUUUCACUGCAUCUAGGUAGGUUGCAGGUAA